UCUAGAGAGCUCUCUCUCUCUGGGAGCCUUUGAUUCCGAUUCUGCCCUCCACUACUCCCUAAAUUCCCCAUCUGUCCGUAACGUAUGGCUCCGGCCGACUCCCCGGCGGCGGCUCAGAGGCUUAUCGGCUUCAGCCGCCGUACCCAGGCUCCGCGCCAGUCGUUGCCGCCGGCCUCCCCUCCGGUCAAGAAGUAUAAGUCAUUGACCGAGAUAAUGGCCAAGGCUCGGUAUGCUGUUGUUGAGAGGGAUGAUUACAGCGACGUGUUGUGUGACCAAUGUGGCUCUGGUGAACGCCCGGACGAGCUGCUUCUGUGUGAUAAAUGCGAUAAAGGCUUCCAUAUGAAAUGCGUGAGGCCCAUUGCUGUUAGAGUUCCUAUUGGAUCAUGGCUCUGCCCUAAGUGUUCGGGCGAGAAGAGAGUAAGAAGUUUUUCUCAGAAGAAGAUAAUUGAUUUUUUCCGGAUUCAGAAAUGUGCUGAUCUUAAAAACAAAUGCAGUUCUCCCCAAGAUGCCAAGAAGCGUAAAAGGCGCACCUCACUGAUAUUGCACAAGAAACGAAGAAGACUAUUGCCAUUUAUUCCUGCAGAGAAUCCUUCCCAGAGGCUGAAACAGAUGGGUUCUCUUGCUACUGCUUUAACAGCAUUGCAUAUGGAAUUCAGUGAUGAUCUCACAUACUCACCUGAAAUGGCUCCUAGGUCUGCUAAUCAUGCCGAUUUUGAAAAUGGUGGCAUGCAGGUUCUUUCCAGGGAAGAUAUUGAGACCUUGGAACUCUGCAGAGCAAUGUGUAGAAGAGGCGAAUGCCCUCCCCUUAUGGUUGUUUAUGAUUCACGUGAAGGGUAUACAGUAGAGGCCGAUGGCCCAAUCAAGGAUAUGACAUUCAUUGCUGAAUACACAGGCGAUGUGGAUUACAUUAAGAACCGAGAACAUGAUGAUUGUGACAGUCUGAUGACCCUUCUGCUAGCAACUGAUCCUACUAAAAGUCUUGUAAUCUGCCCUGAUAAACGUGGAAACAUUGCUCGCUUUAUAAAUGGCAUCAACAAUCAUACACAGGAAGGUAGGAAGAAGCAGAACUGUAAAUGUGUGAGAUACAAUGUUAAUGGUGAAUGCAGGGUCUUUUUGGUUGCCACUCGUGAUAUUUCAAAAGGGGAGAGGCUUUAUUAUGAUUAUAACGGUUAUGAGCAUGAAUACCCUACUCAUCAUUUUGUCUGAGUAACCGUAAAUACCUCUUAAGCAACCUUAUAGAACUGGGAUGCAUUUUUGGACCCUCGUGAAAUGAUUUUCAUCAUUUUUCUGAAAACCCUAACUUAGUGUUCCCCAAGAUUCAAUGAUUUUUUCCCCUCCAUUUCCUCCCAUUGGCAAUUAGAUGUAAUUUUUCAUAGAGAUGGUCCACUUACAUGUCGGAGACAUAAAUAGGGUACCUUGAAAAUUUUCUCCUCUUUCUUAGGAAAGUUUCACUAUAUGAUCUAAGGUAUACAUGUUUUUGACUUACAGUUGAAAUGAAUGAGAAAGGUUCCCAAAUUAAGGCU